AUUAACUCGCUGUUAACUCAAGGUGGUCCAACUCACCGUAAAACCCAACUCGAUUCGAACACAAAACGAAGCCUAAACCAACUGGAGAUCGGCUUUCAUGCUGUGAGGAGAUCUGUGGAAGCUGGGAAGGUGAUCAUGGAGAAUGCGUUCAAGCUUCUCCUUUCAUGUCCCUCUGGUCUCUCUUCUUCACAGGUGUCGGUGAACUUCGACGAAUCGUACGAUAGAGUUCCUCAUCCGGACAUUGACUUAGAUAACUCCAUUUCUGAGAUAUGGGAUCAGAAGGUUCAACAAAGCACAUCACUGUUCAAUGGGAAAAAGUUUAGGUAUGGAGGACACAGUGGCCUUGAACCUCAUGUAUGCCUUCACCUUGGUCUAACAGAUUAUAGGACUUUUAUGGGGACAAACUUAAAUCCUUCAUGGGAAAGAUUUCUUGUGGCAUCUGAAGAUGAUUGUAAGCAGUGUCAACACACAUCUAGUCCAUUAGGCAAUGGUGCAAUUGUACAGACAUCUGAUAAUAUGAUACUUGUGCUCCAAAGAAGUAAUAAUGUUGGAGAAUUUCCAGGAUACUUGGUCUUUCCAGGUGGGCAUCCCGAGCCAGAAGAAGUUGGAAUUACAUCCCAUAAGUGUGAAAACUCAGAGUUGAGAAACAGAAAUAUUUCACAAGAGAUGUUUGACAGCAUUAUCCGUGAAGUUGUUGAAGAAAUAGGAGUACCUGCUUCAACAUUGAGCGACCCUUUAUUCAUUGGGAUAUCGCGUAGGGUAUUGAAUGUAAGACCCACUGCUUUUUUCUUCAUCAAGUGCAAUCUUGAAUCAACAAAAGUUCAACAACUUUAUUCCAGUGCACAAGAUGGCUUCGAGUCAACAAAACUUUAUAUUAUACAACCCAGUGAGUUGGAGAACAUGGCAUCUAAAAUGCCGGGGUGCCACAGAGGAGGAUUUGCACUUUACAAGUUGAUGUUAGAAUGUGUGAAGAACAUCAAGUGAAUGUGUAGAAGGUAUCAAGGCAUCAUGUUAGUAUAUAUUUGUUUGAUAUGCCAAUAGCUUUUUGAGGAAUAACUGAUUUGAAAAGUGAUUGGAACUUGAGCUUGGUAUUCCUUUCAAAGAAUGUAAGCUAAAAUGAAUAUAUCUCUAUUCGUUUUCUUUUAUUAAUUAAUUCAGCAAUUUUUGUAUCAAGAAUAUUUAGAAAGAUUUUCUCUGAUUACAACAUAUGUGAAUUAUGUGGUACGAUAAACAAUAAAUUUAUGAAGGUGCUUGAUUGAGAGGGU